AGUUUUCUUUUCUCUAUUGCAGGUUUUUUUUUAAAGCAUCGUGAAAUAUUUCGCGGAGUCGUUCCGGCGUUUGAGUGGUUCAGAUGAGUUGAUUUCUCCCCCUGCGUCCGUGUGACCCCCACAAUAAAAAAAAUAAAUAAUGAGGACAUUCAAGCAAAAGUCUUCGGACUUGACGUAUUCCACGUCCGGGCUUCGACCAGCGUCAACAUCGGUCACCCGAGCCCCGAAACCCUCGGCGCAACCCGGCCCGAAAUGGCGCCCGACCCGCCACCACUCCCAGCACCAGUACAGUCACUACGCCUCGUCGCCGCAUCUGUUCGUGUUCCAGGGCGUCGAUGACGAUGACGUCAACUCAGACGACACGAAUCCCAAGCACGACGAGUUCAGAACGACGGUCGUCGGGAUACCGAAUUCUUACACGGAUUACCAGAUUUACUCCUCGACGAACGACGUACAACGACGCUCCUCGGCCGCAGUGAAACGCAUAACUGAGCACUACGACAGUGUGCGACGACUGGCGGAUAGAACAGCGUCACUGGACCUCGUCGACGCUGUCGGUGACGAUGACGAUGUCCCGGGGGUCGUGGAAGACGGGGAACUGAUGCUGAGUGAACGAGACGUGACGCGGAUCGAAGCCUUUUUCCGGGCGCUCAAAACCUCCGUGUUCGUGUGCCGGUCUUUGGCGAAUUUGUAUGUCGGUGGGAUCGACAGUAGAGUGUCCAACAGAGGCUGGGGUGAGAGGAAGUUCACCGGAGUGCCGUUGUUGGUUCUCGACACCGGGAAAACGCGGUCGAGGGACAAGCGACAGCUGCAAAUCGUGCUGGCUGAGCGAGAGUCUGGUUUCACCCUUUGGCGAGAGGUAAUCGAUAACCUGACGGACUACCGCGCGUCCACGGACUCUUUCCACACGAUGUACGCGUCCAAGAACCACAAGGUGAUGUUCGGCCUGAGCUUCGACUCCUCAGAGUAG